AUCAUCAAAACAUUUGAAGUGACAGUUUUGUACAAAACGCGCGCGUUGCUUUGGGUGAAUUUUUGAGGAAAUCCUUCAAGAAAACAAAGUAUAAAUGUCUCGUCCUGCAAACCUCGACGUGGAGUGGAAACACCCCGAUGAAUUGAUGAAAAUCCUGCGACUGAAGCAGAAACAGAAAGCCCUCCAAGCGCGAUUAAAGAAGCAAGAAGUUGAUCAACAAAAUCCACCUCCGGAGCUUCGUUCGCAGGACAAGAGGAAGAACCCCUUUGCCAUAUGCAGCCAGAGUAUAGCUAAAAAGACCAAAAAUGAAGUGGCAGAAGCUGUUCUUGCCACAGAUGACACACUCUUUCAACUCUUGCAAAAUUCUGGUACAUCCCGGGCACAGGAUGCAAAUCUCGAGGCUCCAAUUGAGCAAAAACACCCCUUGGACAAUAUCCUGAGCCAAUGGGAACCACAAAUUGAAGAAAACACUGAGAAAUUGUACAAAUUCCUCCCAAUUGACUGGAGUAUCAAGACAAGGAUGCGCUUAUUGACACCACAGCCAAUUGUGGCUGGGAAUCUCAAGACCAGCCAGGAAGCCAGUGGUCUGACAUCCUUUAUACGAGGCAUUGAUCCAGCUACAACAUCCACUGGACUUGACAUCUCUCCAGGAGCCCUAUUUCAUCAGAGCACCCUCUACUGGCAGCAUCCCCAUCUUCCCUGGCUCACACUCUACCCCCGGACAGCACGACAGGAACUCACAUGCCAUCCCCUUGGCACCACUGAGAUUGCUGCCCUUGCUCGCCAAUGGACUGAGAGUUUCCGAUCUCUCUUUCAACUUUUGCGAGCCCGUCAGUGUCCCUACUUCUAUUUAUGCGCCAACUCAUUCACCGCCCUUUUCCGUGCAGCUGGCAUUGGAGGCUGCCCUGAGAUCCAUGCAAUUGUCACGCCUUCUUCGCGCGGGAUGAGAGCAUCACUGCGACAGGAAGGGAUUGAAUUCCAGCAGCCACUCAAGAACAAAGCCAAUGAAACACCAGAAAAGGCUGCCAGUGCAGAUGUUUCUAUGGCCUUCGAUGAAGCCAGCCAGAAAAUCAAGGAAGAGGGAUCCGAUGAUGACAUGGAGGAAGAAGAAUGGCUGGAGAGUUUAGGAGUGGAUGCGAGUGAGAUAAAAAAGAUCAAUCUGCGGAGUCAACAGCGUCAGCAGAAGAAGGAAUGUGAAAAUGACUUUGGCGAUCACUCUGCCCUUUUUAUCGAGGGUCCUGAAUGUGCAGCUCUGUUUACCUAUCUGCUCAAUUCGAAGAGUAUCGUGACGAACGUCGGACGCUUGGCGGGAGUUCCGCCGACACUUCUCUCGCCAGUGGCUUUCCUGGGUGCUACCCUGAAGAAUCUCCAAGUGCGUUCGUCCAAAGUGCGCCUGGAGGACACCAACUACCACAGCGUGGAACUAAAAGGGGUCCUGCUGCCCCACGUACUGCCCUACCUGAAUAAUCUGCUCUUCACUGAGACCCAGGACACCUUUAGCGCCACAAUGGCCAACAAUCUCAACACCCUCGCAUUCACCAAAGUCUCUCAAACUCUUAUCAAUGAUAUCCUCGAGGACAGGGACAAGAAGCAGGCCUCUGAUCAGGUUUUUGGGAGAGAAAACUUAUCUGACUGUGGCUUGAGUGCCAGUAUCCUCGAGGCAAUGUGCCGAGUAGAUGGGGAAGCAGUAAAAGUGAUGGAGAGAAUGACUUUCAAUCGUGACACAAUGUCAUUCACCCUUUCCUGAUGUGCUCUCUUCCAAAAAACUACUUUUUUACAUCUUUCGACUCUUUUCUUAUUUAAUUCAUAAAAUAAAGUUUUACCUCCGCCUAU